GCUCCUUCUAUAUAACUCAUCUCUGCGUUUACACACACACCCCUCCUCCCAACAAUUACUCUCUCUUUCUCUCUCUCUCAGAUUCCUCUGAUAUGGCUGCUGACGUCAGCUCUCUUGUACGGUUACUUAGCGGUUACAAAGACGAUCGAGCGGUGGUGAAAGAAUCUCCCGGAACCAAAUCUACUGCGCUCAUGACUCGCGACCUCCUUGGAAGCGGAAGAGGAGGAGGAGGAUCAGGUGAUCGCUCUCUUGAGCUUGACCUCGACCUUCAAGUCCCUUCCGGUUAUGAAAAACGCCUCGAUUUGAAGUCAGGGAAAGUGUAUUUGCAACGAUGCAAUUCAACGAGCUCAUCAAACGCAGAACAAUCGAAUCAAACAGUACCGACGUUUCAAGAUUUGAAUUUCCCACCGAAUCCGAGUAAUAGUAAUCCUCCGAAGCCUUUGUUAAACCUCUUCGACGACACCACGUCGACGCUUGAACUUAAGCUACUCCCUUCGUCUCGUUCUUCACGUCCUUUGUCGUUAUCUCCAAACAACACUACUACUAAUAAUAGUAGUAGUAAUUUCCAGAGCGUUUGCACUCUCGACAAGGUGAAAUCAGCUCUGGAGAGAGCGGAGAGAGAUCCUCCGUCUGUGUUCAAGAAACGUCAAUCGCCGGACGAUACGGUACUUUCUGAUGAUGAUUAUGAUAGGACGCCGGUGGCGGCGGGGUGUCCUGGAUGUUUGUCGUAUGUUUUGGUGAUGAUGAACAACCCGAAAUGUCCAAGGUGUGAUACCAUUGUUCCUUUGCCUGCUGCAAAUUCUAAUUCUUUCAAGAUCAAGGAGAAGAAGAAGCCUAAGAUUGAUCUCAACAUAUCAAUCUAAAACAACAACCUUUGGGGGGGUUUAAUUGGAAACAUUUUUCAUUAUUUUUGGGGGGGGGUCCUCUGUGUUGUAAAUGAUAGAUUUAAAAAGAAAAAAAAAAA